AUGCUUAUAUACAAAGCACAGGUCAUACAACCUCCAAACAGGUUAGUCUCUGAUUUUGACAGUCAUUUGGAGAAAAUGCCUCUCUUUCAAGAAUUUCCGUCAUCCGGAGCAAUUAUGCCGACUGACGCCCAAUGGAUCCUCACACUACGCGAUGAGUCGACAACUCCAUUUCAACUGAUCCUCAGCCUGUAUAUUCUGUAUGCUGGGAACCGCUCGUGGGCCUUCCUUCAACAGAUGGUGCUGCGUUCAGCCGUUCCAAAGUUACCAGAUUCUUGCGAAGAGCGAUGCAACGUUCCGCUUUCAGAAGUUGGGCCAACUAGUGAGGAUGUAGACCAUCCUCCGCCGUCAGCCCAAGAAUCUGGAAGUGAUGUUAAUGUCAAAGACAUUUCUCCCAAAGAAGCCAUGGAAGCUUACUGGGGGGUAAGGUCGAAUAAGCCGAGGAUUAGGGCAAUGCAAAGAUAUGGAGCAACGGUCCGCAGAAAUCUUGCCAUCUCAGCUUUCUUCGUUUGCGUCUUCACGCUCAUUCUAGCACCCUUGAUCUUUUAUCUUGCAUCAGAAGGUGGCAACAAGAAUCCUUUGGUCGUAUCAAAGCGGAACCGUAGUUGCGGCCAAGGUCUCUACACCGACGCGGUUCCAGCCACAAAACACUACCUUGACUGUCUAGAAACAAAGGGCUGUAAAAUGGACAUACUUGGCCAACUAUUUCCGGAAACAAUCGUUUCGGACAGUGAUUGUCCUUUUCCAUCAAACAUCUGUAUCAAGGGCCAGAAGAGUGUUCGUUUGGAGCAUAAACUACUACCUCGAGAUAUUGGAUACAACUCCCCAUCUCGGAUAUCAUUCAAUCAUGCUCUCACCUGCUCUCCGAUCAACCUCGAUCCCUUUACCAAGUGGCCGACUAUCAAAUUGAACGACCUGGCCGGUUGUCCUAAAUUGGGAUUUCUUGCGUUUAUCAAUACGAGACACGAAAGGUAUAAUUUUAGCAUUGCAGGACAAUACGUCGACACCAUCUGCACUCUGAAUGGUCCAAACAAGUUUUCCUCCAAUUAUUCCGGGUGGAAGGGUCAAAACAAGGAUCGCAUAUACCGACAGGGCAUGGGGCUUCAUCCAAUACCCUCUAAAAUACCACUGGAUCGUGAUGAGCAUCGCCUGAUCUCACCCCAUCUCUACCGAGCUAAUGGCACGUCCUUUGUCACGCUCUUCUACGCAGGUCCCACUAGAUUUACAGCAGGUGGAACGGAAGACCCCAUUGAGGACCCGAUAUUCAGCGCACAUCGGGUCGCUCCUGGUGAUUGGCCUUCUUCUUUGUACCCUGAUCGGGAAGCCACGGCUCUCGCUUGCGUAGAACAAUUUCGCUUCUGCAAUCCACAAGGAAAUUGCUCAACCUGGACUGGAAUCAACGAUGAUGAUCUUUUUACUUGCGACAAAGGUUUCCCUACAGGAUUGGAAUGCAUACCUCGCUUUCGGACGGAUUGGCACGACAGCACAAACCCUAUAACCGAAGAUCUGUUCUUGAUGGCACACAUACUCUUCUUUCGGAGCUCCGUGCAGCGGUACCUAAAAGAGAAUCCGAGGUUCCUCAAAGCCAAGGGUCAGGGUCAACGGGAGGUCUGGGUGGAUCGGACCUCGCAGUGGAAGAUCGAAGUACAGGCCUGGUUCGAAGCUUCGUUCGUACGGGCUCGCACGGUGCUGUACAACAUUAUCACUCGGGAUGAGUUCAGUUAUGGCACGGAGUGGUGGGACUUAUUUCUUUUUUAUGCGAUCCAUCACAAUAAGGCAUUGUGCCAAAGCCUGCUUUUCCGAAGUCCGAAACACACCAAUUACAAUGUUUUCGGCCUAAUGACAACUCUUCUACCUAUAUCAAUCCCAGUGUUCUGGGAUGUGUAUAGAAAGAGGUCUACAGUGUUGGGGGCAAUAGUGAAGGGGUACAAUUGGAUUGCCUGUGCUGCGAAGUUGACAUACAACGUAUUAUCUUCCGGUAGCACAUACCGUGCAUGUGCACCAAAUGCGCCCAUUCGGCAGAUGCGCCAACAAAAUGCCUCAAUAUUUACAACCUCACAACUCCACCAAUAUGGCACCAAUUAA